AUGAUAGAGAACAAGAAUAUUCCAGCUACUGAGUUAUAUCAGAGGAAAUUUGAGCUGAAAAUAAGUGAUGGUAUUGAUUCUGCUGAUUUAGUUGACAAUGAUAUUGAAAUGGAUAAAGAGAUAGAAAAUGAUAACAAGAACGUUGAUAUCAAUAAUAUAAAUAACGAUAACAAUGAAAAUUCUAAUAUCAAUAACAACCCUGAUAUCAAUAACAACUCAAGCAGAAAUACCAGUAUUAUUACUGGCAAUAAUAACAGUGUUAAUGGUAAUGGCAUUGAUAAUCACAAUCAGCUCAACGCUACAAAUGGCAACAACAGAGUUGGGCCAAAUCCUUUUGAAUUUCAAUUCAUCAAAAAAGACAAAAACACUUCUAGAGACAAAAAGAAGCAAGAACUAGAAGAUGAUAGAAGAGGAAAGAACAAGCCAAAGAAGACAAGUUCUACUUCGCAGCUGCAAAGCCAGCAAAACAAGGUAAAAGAGAGGGAAGAAAGAGGGAGGUCGAAAGUGAAGGUGGUGAACAGCAGCCACAACGGUAGCAGUGAAGGCGAUCCACAGCACAGCAGCAAAGACAGCACAGGAAGCACCAGCCAGGGUAUAUCCGAGGCCGAGGAGGAGCAGGAAAUGAUACGGUUGUUUGGAAUCAGCCACUUCACGUCCACAAAAGGAAAAAAGGUCGAGGGUACCGACGGUAGUCUUGCGAUGAUGACAAGAUCAAAGACAAACAGCAGGAAAAUACAGUCCACUUUCAACUUCAAAACGAACGACGAUGGAUCAGUGAUAAUCGGCAAUAAUUGUGCUUUGGACUCCACCAUAAAGCUCUUCCCCAUAAGUAACAGAUUGAAUAUCGAGCAAAUCAUCGAUUUAGAUGAUGGAAUCAAUAACAGUUCUGAUAUUGAUGCUGAUCUCAACCUUGGAGAUAAUGCUGAUUUGUCUGAUGAUUAUGACUCCAAGAUAUUGGAUCUUGAAUCCAAGAUACUAAAUUCGAAUACUAAUAUCAAAAAGAUAACUUCUUUGGACUUUCUCAAUCUAUCAAAACAAAAAUUUUUAGAUGAUAAGAAAACUGUCAAAAAGAAAAAUCAGAAAAACAGUGCAACUAAUACUAGUGGAACUAACACCAAGAAAAAAUAUAAAUUUAAAAAUAAAUCUUUUAUUGUAUCACUUAAAUUUACAAGCAUAACACAUCGAAAUUUAAUUCAGAAAAUGGUUAGUAAUAGUGAAAAUCCGUUUUUUUCAAGAGGAAAUAUUGAUUAUUUAUCUAUUUUACACAAUCCUCCAGAGAUAAUUGAUCUUGAUAAUGAUAGAAAUAUAAAUAAUUCAUUUGUUGUCACUUUAAAAUUCAAAUCGAGAAAAUUUAUUAAUAGAUUUUCUUCAAUUAUUGAAGCUGAUGAGAAUCCUUUUCUUACAAGAGGAAAUAUCACUCAUGAUGAAACUAUCUUGGAUGAAGAUAAAGGUGAUGAUAGAGAUAGCGAUUUUGAAUUAAUAACCGAUUUACCAAAUCAGAAUACAAAACCCGGUAAACAGAAAACUUAUAAAAACCCUUUUUUCGCUUCAGUUGCUGAAAAGGCUAAAAUUUAUGAAUCAAUAUCAUCAUCAACUUGUAAUUCUACUGAUAAUUUAAUUUUGCAAAACAAAAAUUUAAGAAGGAAUUUUAAAGAGAAAAAAAUAAUUCAUACAAGAUUACCAACAAGAGAAGAAUUUUUGGUUUAUGAUAAUUCUUAUUACAAGGAAUCUUAUAAAUGCCAAUUUAAGAAAAAAUUUGAUGAUUUAAAUAUUAAAUUGAAACCUACUAGCCAAAGAAAUAAAAGAAAAAACUUGAUUUAUCGAAAUUUAUUAGAUGGUAUAAAUGGCAAUGAUUAUGAAAAGUUAAUCAAUAUCAAUAGCAGCACGAAAAAACCCGGAUAUAAAUAUUCUUUUAAAACAAUAACAAAUGCGAAACUAAUAAAUAGGAUAGAACAGGAAAAAUCUCUAUAUGAUUCCAUUAAUAAAUCACAAGUCUUUGAAAAAUUCAGAUAUUAUUUAAUUAAAAACUCUUCUUUACCAAAUUAUGAAAGAUUUCGGAAUAAUUUAAAUAGUUUAUUGAAAACUCAAUUAUGGCAAAACUUUUUUGCUCCUAAAAAUUCAAAUCAAUUAAUUUUUGAUAAAAAGUUAUCACUGAAUAUAUUAACUUGGUUAAAAACAUCUUUUAUAAAGUUGAAGAAAAAGGAAAUAAAUGAUAGAUUCCCAAUUGAGAAGAAAAAAAAAAUAAAAUAUAAAAGAUGCUCAAAAUAUGAUGAUCGGUAUGAUUCUGAUGAUGAUCUAGAUGGAUUCAUCGUUAAUGAUUAUGAAAUUGAGUAUAAUUAUACUAAAAACGAUUUAAAUUAUAGUUUGAAUAAUGAUAAUGUUAAUAAUAUUUCAGAUGAUGACGAUGAUGAUAAUUAUGGUGAUAGUAGUAAUUCAAGCAAACCCUUUAUUCCACUAAUGAUAUUAUCUGGUGAGUCUGGAAGUGGCAAAACAGCAUCACUUUAUGCAAUCAUGAAUGAAUUAUGCGGGUAUGUUCAUGAAAUUAAUACUAAUCAAUCGAGAUCAAAGAAAGAUAUGAUUAAUUUAUUAAAAGAGCUUUCUACCACACAUAGCAUUCAUAAUAAGAAUCAGAAAAAUACGAAAAAUACAAAAAAUACGAAAAAUAAUUUUUUUGGUAUUAAUGUUAAUAGUGAUAAUAACAUUGUUGAUAACAAUGAUAAAAUUGAGAAAAAUCAUUUUCAAAAUGGGAUAAUUUUAUUUGAAAAUGUAGAUAUACUAUUUCAAGAUUUUGAUAAGGGAUUUUGGAGUUCAUUAAAAUUUGCUUUAAACAUUAGUAGAAAGCCGAUAGUUUUGACAUGUGAGGAUUAUAGCAAGAUACCGAAUGAGUUUCUUAAAAUAGCAGAAAGAGAAAAUUCGUGGAUUCAUUUUGAUGAAGACUGUAUUGAUAAAAAUGAGUUGAAAAUGUAUCUUUGGUUGUGUUGUAUGUCGAGUGAACGAUGCAGGAUAUCCAAGGGUGUCAUCAAUGAGAUUAUUAAUAGAAAUGGAUGUAAUUUGAAACGAUGUCUUAAUGAGCUUCAAUGGUUGUGUAUAAAUCCAAUAACAAAGGGAAUUUCAAGUAAAAUUGGUAAUACUAGUAACGGUGGCAGCAAUAGUAGUGUAGAAGACACUAAUGUUAUCGAUCUUGAUCUUGAUGAAGAUGAUGAAGAUGAUGAAGAUGGAAGUGAAUAUAAAGAAUCUAAGAAUAUAGAUAGAGAAUUUGAAAAAAAAAAUAAAAUGAUUGAAAAUGAAGAAAGUUUCUUCCAUAUUCAGGAUAAUGAUAUAAAAAUGGAGUUUAAAGGAUCAAAUGAUUUGGAUUUUGUUGUUACCAUUGAUAUUGAUAAGAAUAAUAUUAUUGGAAAUGAAGAAGGAGAAGAUGAUGGUGUGACAUAUGUUUCAAGCUUAGAGGAAGAAACUGAAGAGCUUAUUAAGAUUUCUAAAGAAUUUGAUAAUAGAUCAAUGUGUGAUAUGAUAUCAAAUAAUACUAGAUCAUCGAUCAAACAUUAUGAUGUAAACCAGCAAUACUUGGUCUACCAGAACAAACUAUGCAAGGAUAAUACAAACAAUAAAGAGAGAGAAAAAUAUAAGAAGGAAAGAAAUAGUAAGAAUAAUAGAAGUAAUAAAAACAAUAAAAACAAUGACAAGGUGACUACGCAGUUGGAUUUUGAUCUAUAUCUUAAUGACGAUUUUGAAACCGAUAAAAUAAUAGUAAACAAUUAUGAAAGAUAUUUGAGCGAGGCAAACUACUUGAGCAUCCAUCCGUUGCCAUUUGAAUUGGACAUUGGAGAAGAGUUGCUAAAGACAAUGAAGGUGGGACCUGAUAAGGAAGAUAAGCGAGAAAAUUUGCUGAAAAAUAAGAUCAUAUCUGAUGUGAAGGAGUACCUUGGCCAUCGGCUUAAAAAAAAGAUUCUGAAGCUGAGAUACACUAGGACGCUGGGCGAGAGCGAAGCCAAUGAGUACGAAGAAAUCCGAGACUCAGAUUGCAUCAAUAUCUUGAGCUGGAACAAGAUCAUCUUGGAGAUGUCACCUAUGGUCAGAGAAAUAGCCCGAAACGAAUGGGCAAUAAGAGUAAACACAACCCAUCCAGCUUACGCAGCAAGAGACGUAACAAUGAACGAGAUGGUGCAGCAUAUGCACUUUGGCCACGAUGGGAAGGAAGUGCUCCAGACAUUUCUUCCCCAGAACAGGCCCUAG